GAAUUGAGAGCACUCACCAUCACCCCGGUAUGUAUGUUAUAUUUACUUGCGAUAAGCUACUAUUACAAAAGAAAAUCGCUAAUAAACCUGUAAGAUACAGUUUUCCCUAUCAUAGAAAAAUGGGCGGUAACAAGCCAGAGGAAGCUGCUCGCGAAGGAGAGGAUGCCUCAAAGAAGGCUCUCAAAAAGCAGCAAAAAGAUGCAAAAAAGGCAGCUGCUAAGGCUGAGCGGCAAGCACAGCUACAAUCAGUGCAGCAAGAUGCUGGAAAUGAGGAGGAUAUCUCUGUCGGAAAAUAUGGGCAGCCAGCUAUGAUUCAGAGUGUAGAUAAACACGGGGACAGAAAGUUUACUCAUGUCCAAGAUCUGAAUCCCAGUGUCGCUGGUCAGAUUGUCUGGCUCAGAGGUCGAUUGCACACAAGCAGAGCUAAGGGAAAACAGUGUUUUUUAAUACUCAGAGAGCAGUCCUACACCGUUCAAGGACUCAUCGCAGUGAAUGACGAAAUCAGUAAGCAAAUGGUCAAGUUUGCAUCAAACAUUACCAAGGAGUCCAUAAUCGAUGUCGAAGCGACGGUGAAGACUGUAGCUAAAAUUGAGUCCUGCACUCAGAAAGAUGUAGAACUCCACAUCAAGCAGAUAUUCACCGUCAGUGCCGCUAAGGCUCAGCUGCCUCUCCUGAUUGAAGACGCCUCCAGGCCUGUCAAGGCGGAAGAAUCUGAAGGACUAAACAUAAAGGUGAAUCAAGACACUCGUCUGGACAACCGAAUUUUGGAUCUGCGUACCCCAGCCAAUCAGGCUAUCUUCAGAGUCGAAGCUGGGGUCUGCAAGCUGUUCAGAGAUGUAUUAACUAAAAAGGGGUUUGUUGAAAUUCAUACGCCAAAGAUCAUAUCAGCUGCCAGCGAAGGUGGAGCCAAUGUUUUCACUGUCUCGUACUUCAAAGGAUCUGCAUAUUUGGCUCAGUCACCUCAGCUCUACAAGCAGAUGGCCAUUGCCGCUGAUUUUGACAAGGUGUUCACCGUCGGAGCUGUUUUCCGAGCAGAGGAUUCGAACACCCAUAGACAUUUGACCGAGUUUGUGGGACUAGAUUUAGAAAUGGCAUUCAAAUAUCAUUAUCACGAGGUGGUCGAAACUAUCGGCCAAAUGUUCACCGAGAUAUUCAAAGGACUUCGUGACCAAUACGCCGCCGAAAUUAAAGCCGUCAGCGAACAAUUCCCUGUGGAGCCGUUCACUUUUCUAGAUCCUCCACUCAGAUUGGAAUUUCAUCAGGCAAUAAGUUUGCUAGCAGAGGCCGGUGUCACAAUCGGUCCAGAGGACGAUUUGUCAACUCCGGAUGAAAAAUUACUGGGAAAACUCGUCAAGGCGAAAUACGACACGGACUUUUACAUACUCGAUAAAUAUCCGCUCGCUGUCAGGCCAUUCUACACCAUGCCAGACCCGAGAAAUAACGGGGCCUCGAAUUCUUACGACAUGUUCAUGCGCGGUGAGGAAAUUCUUUCGGGUGCUCAACGUAUUCAUGAUCCCGAUUUUCUCAUUGAAAGAGCGAAAGUCCAUAACAUAGAUAUCGAGAAGAUAAAGGCCUACAUAGAUGCGUUCAGAUUCGGCUGCCCGCCUCACGCUGGCGGCGGUAUAGGAAUGGAACGCGUUGUGAUGCUUUACCUCGGCUUGGACAAUAUUCGAAAAACGUCGAUGUUCCCACGCGACCCCAAGCGCAUAACGCCCUAGGCGGUAUGAAGAAUCAUAUUUCAUGCAACACCGAACCUUCGCCAUACCUGUGCGAAUCAUGGAUUAAUUAUAAAUGUAAAGCAAGACCGAUUGAUUUUAGUAAAAAUAGUAUUGUUGACUA